CUGGUGCGUGCCUGAGAGGAACGGGAGAGUCAUCCGGAGCCGCUCGUCCAACUGACCGCCUGUCGGGCCCUACCGCCAUGGGAGAUCGCCUCCGAGCUAGGUGAGCCAGCGGAGUUAAUCCGAGCUUCGUGGCUCCCGUCACUCCGGCCGGUUCCUUGGCUUGUACGUAUGCGGCGGAGGGUUUGAGGAUUGCUGAGCGAGCUGCUUGUGGGCGGCCAUGGAGCAUCCCGCGACAAGGAGCGACGAUGGCGGCAUGCGUGGUGCCGACAUGGACGAGCUGGAUCUCAUGGAGGAGUUCCUGCUGGCGUCGCCCGGGCCCGACUUCCCCGAGUUCCUGCACCCGGGCGGCGCGGCGUCGCCGAGCCCCUUCUCCCCCCUCUUCGACCUCGGCAGCACCAUCACCACCGCCCCGGCCGGCGGCGGCGACGGGGACGACGACGGGUCGCGCCGCGCGUGGCUGAUCCAGCCGCAGGAAGCACCGGUCUCGGUGAAGGAGCGGCUGGGGCGGGCGCUGCAGGGCAUCGCGUCGCGGUCGCGCGGGGCGGCGGGCGAGCUGCUGGUCCAGGUCUGGGUGCCCACGCGCAUCGGCGACCGCCAGGUGCUCACCACCUGCGGCCAGCCCUUCUGGGUCGGCCGCCGCAGCGACCGCCUCGAGAGCUACCGCACCGUGUCCGUCAAGUACCAGUUCUCCGCCGACGAGGCCGCCUGCGCCGAGCUGGGCCUCCCCGGCCGCGUCUUCGUCGGCCGCGUCCCCGAGUGGACGCCCGACGUGCGCCUCUUCACCGACAACGAGUACCCGCGCGUCCGAUACGCGCAGCACUUCGACAUCCGCGGCAGCGUCGCCAUGCCGGUCUUCGAGCGCCGCACCGGGGCCUGCCUCGGCGUCGUCGAGCUCGUCAUGACCACCCAGAAGAUCAACUACAACGCCGAGAUCGACAACAUCUGCAAUGCUCUCAAGGAGGUUGAUCUCAGAGGUUCCGAUGUUUCGAGCGAUCCUCGCGCACAGGUGGUCGAUGCUUCCUACCGAGCAAUUGUGCCAGAGCUAGCGCAUGUUCUCAGAGCUGUUUGUGAGACCCAUAAGUUGCCACUGGCCCAGACAUGGAUACCCUGCGUCUGCCAGGCCAAAAGGGCGAGCCGCCACUCUGACGAAAAAUACAAGUAUUGCGUCUCCACCGUGGACGAGGCGUGUUAUGUCCGCGAUCCCGCCAUGAAUGGCUUUCACCAGGCUUGCUCUGAGCAUCAUCUGUUCAGAGGCGAGGGUGUUGUCGGCACGGCGCUCGGGACAAAUGAGCCGUGUUUCUCUCCGGACAUAACUGCCUACAGCAAGGUCCAAUACCCCCUCUCACAUUAUGCAAAACUUUUCGGCUUAAGGGCCGCAGUGGCAAUUCGGCUGCGAAGUGUCAAGACUGGAAGUAUGGAUCUUAUCUUGGAAUUUUUCUUGCCAAACAACUGCAUAACAAGUGAAGAGCAAGGGGCCAUGCUUACUUCUUUGUCCAAUACCAUACAACAAGCCUCAUGUACACUGCGAGUUGUCGGUGUGAAAGAACUGGCGAACGAUGGAUCGCCUGAAACUAGCUCGCCGACCCCACCAGAAGUUUGUGACAAGCCAACUGAAAUCUUGGAUGAGCUUUCUAGUGGCCUUAAUAUUCCUGCAAGGACAACAUCAGUGGAUGCUUCUGAGGAGGUAUCUUCAUGGAUUGCAAGCCUUGUGGAUGUUCAGAAUAAUGGGGCGCAGGGAGAAACAGAUUGUGGCCUGCCAUUUGGAUUCAGGAAACAAGAGGAUGAAGGGUUCAGUGUAACAGCUGGCUGGCCAACUUCACCGGUGCUAGAACCUGAAGAUAAAAGUUUCUUUCCAGGGUUUAAGAAGCAAGAAGAAUAUGAGGUCAAGGGUUCACCUUUUUCCAGCGAUCGAAGCCUCUCAAACUCAGACAAAGCAAUAGAGAAGCGGCGAACUAAAAUUGAGAAAACUGUGAGCCUGCAAGAACUUCGGAAGCAUUUCGCUGGUAGUUUGAAAGAAGCUGCAAAGAAUUUAGGAGUGUGCCCUACUACAUUGAAGAGGAUUUGCAGACAUCAUGGAAUUGAUCGUUGGCCAUCAAGAAAGAUCAAGAAAGUUGGGCACUCUCUAAAGAAAUUGCAAAUGGUCAUUGAUUCGGUACAUGGAGCUGAAGGAACUGUUCGGCUGAGUUCACUCUAUGAAAACUUCACCAAGACUACAUGGUCAGAAAGAGAAUUGCAGGGAGAUCUGAGUUGUCCAGCAUCAGAGCAAAAGGUUCAGCUGGAGCCUUCAGUUCCUGAUCGACAGUGCGAGAGCAGGUUCAGUCCGCAUACCUCUGGCUCAAAUUCCCUCUCCCCCACCUACAGCCAGAGCUCAAAUUCUAGCCUGGGCUGUUCCAGCGAUCCAAAGCCUCAGCAACAGCAAAGCAGCGCUCCUCAGCUUGCAGUGAAGCAGGAGUUUUUCAUGGAGGAGAAUCAGAGUUCGACACAGAUGAAAGCUGCGAGCCAUGACGAACUGCAGUUAUUUACUGAAGAAAAACCUGUCACCCUGUAUAGAUCUCAGAGCCACAUGCUAUUCAGUGAACACAAACCAGUGGAAAACAUGUCAAGCAUGCAAGAAGCCAAGCCUGAUUCUCUCAAGAUAAAAGCCAUGUAUGGCGAGGAAAGAUGCAUAUUCCGGCUUCAGCCGAGUUGGGGCUUUGAAAAGCUAAAAGAAGAAAUCGCAAAGCGGUUCGGCAUUUCUCAGGAAAUUUAUCACCUCAAGUACUUGGAUGACGAGUCGGAGUGGGUUCUUCUAACAUGUGAUGCAGACCUGCUGGAGUGCAUCGAUGUAUACAAGGCAUCAAGUGCUAAAACAGUAAGGAUCUCUGUGAAUCCUACAGUUCAACCGGUACUCCGUGGUUCCUUUGGUUAAUCCUGACGUUUCUUCUUCAAUAUUAAAAACAACCAUCCCUUCUUCCAAGUUUUCAGUCACAGCGAUAGGUAAAGGCCACAUUUGUAAAUAUUUGGAGUCUGUGGUCCAUCCAGUAGUCAGAUGCUUGGUGAGUUAUUAUCAGCCUGGUCUGUGUUAACUGAAUAUGACACUUUGUACUUGUAGACUAGGUCAUAUUCAGACAUAGGAAAAAUGGUUUACUGCAGUUACCAAACUAGUGUACAGAAUAGGAAAGAAUAGGAAUUUGUCGAAAUGAAGCUUUGCAUUAGGUCUAGAGUUACCUGGCAAAUGUAAGUUCUUUCUGGGCUUGUUUGAUCCGUCUCACAAUUCUGAAGCGCCUUCAAGGUUUCAACAUUCCAAAGCUUUCUUGAAGGCAUUCAUGCGCUUUGUAAUUGAGGAAAUUAUGUUUCGUGCCUUCACGCAUCAGUUUGAGCGGCACGAAGAUGCAUCCUUUACGGUGCUGGAACGCCUUCUUGCUUGUAUGAGUACAUGAUACGGGCACUCGGAUUGCUUUGCUCACAUUAAUAAGAAUGCAUGCAUGGAUCAAGCUCAUCUCUGGUGUCGAAAAUGCAUGCAUGGAUCAAGAUCAUGUUUUCAAUCAGUGCUGCUCAUGUGUGAGGCAGGAAGCUGUCUAGACUCCUAGACAGACUCUGGCCGACGAUGGUGCAUACAUAGGAGAUGAUUUAUUUUCCUACUUUUUCUUGUUUGGGAACAGUGGAAUACUAGAACUUUUUUGUGGUAAUCUUUUUGUAUAAUUACACUCAGAAAUACACCUGUACACCUUGCUUCAGAAAUCCAUAACAUGUACUGUAUGCAACGGUCUGUGAUUGCUUAUAAACUGAUGUUCCUUGCUC